AUGGGUGCCCCCCUGUCGGUGGCUCAGAGCUCCAAGGUGUGGGGAGAAGUGCCGCUGCCCGAGGACCUGGAUUCAUCGAGGACUGUUGUCCAAAGAUCUCAGCGCUUCCUGGACGAUGACGAGGACUUCGCUGCCGAUGAAGCAUCAGGAGAUCUGCCCAGUGGAGAGGAGGAUGGAAGCACGCCAGAACCCACAGUGGUGACUGAGAUCAGCACAACGUACUACAGAGCUCUGGUGAACUUCACAGACUCCAUUGUGUACAGGCCUGACAUGGAGGACAUCUACUCACUGUCUUUCCAGGAGAUUUCGGAUGCGGUGGUGGACACGUUGGAGUCAGAGUACAACAAGAUCUCAGGCAUCCAGACUGUAAAUGUGGUCCUCAUCAAGAAGAUGCCCAGGCAGAAUGGAGUGGAUGUGUUUGUAGAGCUUGACGUGGGCUCUGACUACAACAACAACGAAAAUCAGAUCCGCAACGUGUUGUAUGGAGUGGUGAAGGAGGGAACCAUCGCCUCCUACAUCACCUCUGUCCAGGGCUUCCAGUUCAGACACCUGGGAGAAGCUCUGCCCCUUGUGAACCCCAUGGCUGUCCCAGUGGUCCCCAACCCUCUGCCCUGCAUGAAGGAUGAGCACACGUGUCAGGAUGGGGGUUGUAUCCUUCUGGAGUACCUGUGUGACAACAGACCUGAUUGCAAUGACAUGAGUGAUGAGCUGGAUUGUGAUAAGAUUCAGCCUGGACCAGUGACCCCCACCCCUCCCACCACCACCCCCAUCAAGAAGUCCACACGCCCCCUUGGCCCCCCUGACCCCUUAGGGCCCUGCAAAGUGGACCAGGCCACCUGUCAGAACGGGGAAUGUGUCCCCAGAGACUACCUGUGUGAUGGAGAGAGGGACUGCUCUGACGGCAGCGACGAGUUCAGAUGUGGCACUCCCUCUCCCUGUGAACCCAAUGAGUUCAAGUGUAAGAACGGCCGCUGUGCUCUCAAGCUGUGGCGCUGUGAUGGCGACAACGACUGCGAGGACAACUCAGACGAGACCAACUGCCCCACCAGAGGUCCAGGUGACACGUGUGCCCCAGAGCAGUUUGUGUGCCUCAGUGACCGUACCUGCAUCCCAUCUAGCUACCAGUGUGAUGAGGAGCCUGACUGCCCUGACCGCUCGGAUGAGUACGGCUGCACUCCUCCCACAGUGACCAGUCCCCCGGAGGAAUCUUUUGAGGCGGAGCGGGGGGAGACGGUGACUUUCAACUGUGUGGCAGUUGGUGUUCCCACCCCCAUCAUCACCUGGAGGCUCAACUGGGGCCAUAUCCCCAUCAGUGGCAGGAUCUCAAUGACCAGUGAGAAUGGGCGUGGCAGCCUGACCAUCCGUGACGUAAAGGAGGCGGACCAGGGGGCGUACACCUGUGAGGCCAUCAACGCCAAGGGCCUUGUGUUUGGUAUCCCUGACGGGGUGCUCAGCCUCACACAGAAACCAGGAAACUGUCCCAACGGUCACUUCAGUGUGGAGGGACGUUGUAUCUCCUGCUUCUGCUUCGGCAUCACCAAGAACUGUGGGAACACUGGACGCUAUCGAAACCAGAUCAAUCUGCGCUUCACUGACGAGGACGACUUCAAAGGAGUGAACGUGACUUACCCCUCUCGGCCGGGCACCCCUCCUCUCUCCUCCACUCAGCUUCUCAUCAACCCAGAGGAAGAGGAGUUCCAGCUAGUCGACCUAUCACGGCGCUUCCUCAUCCUGGAUUCAUUUUGGACGCUGCCACGCCAGUUCCUGGGAAACAAGAUUGACUCCUAUGGAGGGUCCCUGAAGUACAAGGUGCGUUACACGCUGGCCCGUGGUGAGACUGAGCCUGAGGAGAAACCAGACGUGGUCCUGACCGGGAACGGUCAGAGACUGGUCUACCGCAGGGGCAACCCCACCCCCUCCAGAGAGGUCAACCAGAAGGAGAUAAAGUUUACUGAGGACAACUGGCAGCACUCGUCGGGUCGCCAGGUGUCCCGUGAGGACCUGAUGAUGACGCUGGCCAGCCUGGAGAGCAUUAGCAUCCGCACCGUCUACGACAACCACAUGGUGAGCGUUGCGCUCAGCGACAUCGUCAUGGACACCACCACUGUGGAGUACAACGUCCAUGACAAUGCCAAAGAUGUGGAGGAGUGCAGGUGUCCCCCUGGCUACUCAGGACUGUCCUGUGAACAGUGCUCCACUGGCUUUGAGCGUGUUUCUGGAGGGAACUUCCUGGGAUCCUGUGCUGGAUGUAACUGUAACGGACACGCCAGCGCCUGCGACCCCAUCAGUGGACAAUGUCUGAGCUGCCAGCACAACACUGAAGGUCCUCAGUGUGACAAGUGCAGACCAGGCUACUUCGGUGACCCCAGGCGAGGUCGCGCCGAUGACUGCAAGCCCUGUCCCUGCCCAUACACUGAGACAUCCCGCAGGUUUUCCGACACCUGUUUCCUGGACCAUGACUCCCAGGCCACGUGCGACGCCUGCACGCCAGGCUACACCGGCCGUCGCUGUGAAAAGUGUGCAUCUGGGUACCAGGGUAACCCACUGCAGCCCAAUGGCAAAUGUUUUACAACCCGUGAGUCAAACUCAAAGUGUGAUAUUCGAGGAACAGUGAAUUCCAACAGCAGACCAUGCGCCUGCAAGUCCAACGUGGUGGGGUCGCAGUGUGACGAGUGUAAGAGCGGCUCCUUCCACCUGACGGAGGACAACCCAGAGGGCUGUCUGCAGUGCUUCUGUAUGGGCGUCACCAAGCAGUGUGUCAGCUCCACGUGGAGCCGAGACCAGGUCCGUGGCGGUGUGAAUGGUCAGCUCUUCUCCCUCUCCAACGGAGCCAAUACCAGAACCAUCACAGACGGCAUUGCUCAGAGAGGCUCCUCGGAGGUGGUGUAUCGCUCCUUCUCUGACAUCCCCAACGACAUCUACUACUGGGUCCUACCAGACAGCUUCAGAGGAGACAAGGUGACAGCCUACGGCGGGGAGCUGCGCUACACCGUGCGCUACGAGCCCCGGCAACGCUCCCUGGUGAUUGACAGACAGCCAGAUGUGGUUCUCCAAGGCAACGGCAUCUUCCUGGAACACUUCUCCCAGAUUAAGCCCCUCCCCCCCGUCACUGUCACUGUCACCUUCAGAGAGUCUGCAUGGAGGCGUGCUGAUGGACAGCCCUGUACACGUGAACACCUCCUCAUGGCCUUGGCUGAUACUACAGUCUUCAUGAUCAGAGCCACCUACGCUGACAACAUGGUUGAGACCAGUCUCUCAGACAUCAGGAUGGACAUUGCAGUGCCACAUUCCACAGGCAACGAACGGGCCCUGGAAGUGGAGGAGUGUGCCUGUCCCCAGGGUUACAACGGUCCAUCGUGUCAGGAGUGUGACAUGGGCUACACCCGUACAGGCUCUGGGCUCUACCUGGGUACCUGUGAGAGGUGCGACUGUAACGGCCACGCCAGCGGCUGUGACCUGGAGACAGGCUUGUGCUUGCAAUGUCUUCACAACACGGCCGGCCCAAGGUGUGAGCGCUGUUUGCCAGGUUUCUACGGCAACCCUGUGACGGACGGACCUCAGGCUUGUCAGUCCUGCCCCUGCCCUGGCACUUCCGCCAGCAACCAGUAUUCUCUGUCUUGCUACAAGGAUGCGGACGGUCAGCCUACAUGUGAUAACUGUCCCCCUGGCUUCACCGGCCGGCGCUGCGAAAGCCCACAGCCAGACGAGGAGAAGGAGGAGGAGAUAAACUACAGUCCACAGCCAGACGAAGAGAAGGAGGAGGCGAUAAACUACAGCCCACAGCCAGACGAGGAGAAGGAGGAGGAGAUAAACUACAGCCCACAGCCAGAUGAGGAGAAGGAGGAGGAGAUAAACUACAGCCCACAGCCAGACGAGGAGAAGGAGGAGGAGAUAAACUACAGCCCACAGCCAGACGAGGAGAAGGAGGAGGAGAUAAACUACAGUCCACAGCCAGACGAGGAGAAGGAGGGGGAGAUAAACUACAGCCCACAGCCAGACGAGGAGCAGGAGAAGGAGAUAAACUACAGCCCACAGCCAGACGAGGAGCAGGAGGAGGAGAUAGACUACAGUCCACAGCCAGACGAGGAGGAGGAGGAGAUAGACUACAGUCCACAGCCAGACGAGGAGCAGGAGCAUGAGGAGACAGACUAUAGUCCGCAGCCAGAUGAUGAGGAGGAGGACACUGAAUACAGCCAACACCCAGAUGAGGAAAAAGAGGAGGACACAGAUUAUAGCCAAAGACCAUACACCCCCACAUGGAGCCUACUGUCCACUACCAGCCACCGUACCCAACCCACUCACCCUACCAUCCCUACUCGCCCUACCACUCGCCCACCCACUCCCACUCGCCCAGCCACUCACCCUACGACUCCUACUCACGCAACCACAACCACCCCCAUAGCUGACAUGGUCCGAGUCCACCUGAAUAGGACUGCACCAAGGGUUCCAUCGCUGAACACGCCCAGCCCUGAGGUUAGAGAGCACAGCUUCCAGUUCCUAAUGAGGCUCCACAUGAACCGCUUCAACCAGCGCCUCAGCAUGCUGGAGAGCAACACCCUGGACAUCAAGGAGGGCAUCCAGGCCAUGAGGGGCCAGCAGAGCAAACUCAGCACCCAGCUGGAGACGCUGCAGUCACAGUCUGCCCUGGAGAAGAAGGAGAGGGUGGGAGAACUGGAGAGUAGCUACACAGACAUGGAAACUCGUCUGAGAAGGCUGGAGGGUCGUCUGGAGAUUGUGAUAGAUGGGUUUACUGCCCUGGCUCAGGAGAUGAACAAGGUGAAACGCGUCAGACACAGAGCACGAUGUGCUGCUGGGUACACAGGCAACCCCCAGCUUGGACAAAAGUGUAUUGUUGGCAACAAUGAUCUCAAUGGUAACUGUUACGACUGUGAUCAGAGAGGAAGUGAAGGAUGCAAUGGAAAUGGUGUGUGUCGCUGCAAGAUGAACGUUGAGGGCCCUGCUUGCUCCAACUGUAAGCAGGGAACCUUCCACCUCAACACAGACAACAAAGAUGGCUGCCUGUCCUGCUUCUGCAUGGGAGUCACUCAGCAGUGCUCCAGCUCCUCCCACUACAGAGACCAGGUGUCAUCCGUCUUUGCCCCAGGCAACUUCCAGGGCUUUGCUUUGGUCAACCGUCAGCGCACCAACCGUAUCUCCACCGGAUUCACCGUGGAGGUGUCCACUGACGGCACCCAGCUCUCCUACAGCAACUUUGACUACCUGGGCCAGGAGCCCCACUAUUGGCAGCUGCCCGGGGCUUUCCAAGGGGAUAAGGUGAACUCGUAUGGUGGGAAGCUGAAGUAUACCAUCUCCUUUGUAGCCGGCCAGAGAGGAACAGCCAUUGAAGACGCUGAUGUUCAGAUUAUUGGAAAUGACAUCACCCUGGUUGCUCGCCAGCUGUGGCAGAGGGGAAAGGGGACAAGAGAGUCCCGCCAGUUUGAGCUCGUCUUCAGAGAGGAGAACUGGCGUCGCCCAGACGGUAUGCCUGCCACUAGGGAGCACCUGAUGAUGGUGCUGGCUGACCUGGAUGACAUCCUGGUGCGGGCCUCCUACUACACAGAGAUGAGGUCGUCCAGCAUCUCCGAGGUCAGCAUGGAGGUGGCCGUGCCCAACUACAGCGGCCUGGCUCAGGCUCUGGAGGUGGAGCAGUGCCGCUGCCCGCCCGCCUACCAGGGACUCUCCUGUCAGGACUGUGCCCCUGGCUACACUCGUACCGGAGGUGGCCUGUACCUGGGCCACUGUGAGCUGUGUGAGUGCAACGGGCACUCUGACUCCUGCCACCCCGAGACUGGCAUCUGCACGAUCUGUCUGCACAACACCCAGGGAGAGCUGUGUGAGCAGUGUGCCCCAGGUUUCUAUGGUGAUCCCACCGCUGGAACCCCAGAGGACUGCCAGCCCUGUGCCUGCCCUCACACCGACCCUGACAACCAGUUCUCCCCCACCUGUGAGAGCCUUGGUAACGGUGGUUAUCAGUGUACUGCUUGCCAGCCUGGAUACACUGGCCAGUACUGUGAGCGCUGUGCAACUGGAUACGUUGGAAAUCCACAAGACAGGAUUAAGUGUCGUCCAUUCAAUACAGCGGCAGCCUCCCUGGUGGUGAAAGUGUACCCUGAGAGGGUUUUGGUGGCCCAGGGCAGCCCAGUGACCCUGCGGUGCCAAGUGACCGGCCCUCCACCCCACUACUACUACUGGUCCAGGGAGGACGGACGCCCCGUGACCAACAGCGCCGUCAGACAAAGACAAGGAGAGGAGCUGCAUAUCCCCAGUGUUCAGCCCAGUGACACAGGCGUGUAUGUCUGUACCUGCAGAGACCAACGCAACACCAACAGGAGCCGCGCUGAGAUCGUCGUCACAACUGUCUCAUCCAAACCCAUUCAAGUGACCAUCGAGGAGCCCAAAGCACGGAGUGUCACAGUUGGAACAACAGUCAGCUUCAUCUGCACAGCCAAGAGCCAGUCUCCAGCCUACACCCUGGUGUGGACUCGGCGGGGUAACGGCAAGCUGCCCAACAGAGCCAUGGACUUCAACGGCAUCCUGACCAUCCAGAACGUCCAGACUGAGGACGCUGGCAUCUACGUGUGUACAGGCUCCAACAUGUUUGCCAUGGACGAGGGCACUGCCGUCCUCUACGUGCCAGGUUCGGGCACAGGGGCCCAGCCAGUGGCUACUGUCACUCCCUCUGUCCUGACCAUCCAGCAAGGAGGCCAUGCUGAGUUCCACUGUACUGUGACUGGCAACCCUACCCCUGCCAUCGAAUGGAUAGGUGGAGGUCCCGGUAAUAGGAUGAGUCCCAAUGCUGUGGUCCGUGGAGGGGUCCUGACCAUCCCUGCUGUGGAGAGGGAGAAUGGGGGGGAGUACGUCUGCAAGGCCCUCAACACCCACGGAGAACACACAUCACGGGCUGUCCUCCACGUCAGUGGUUCCCAAACUGUGGGUCGGGACCCACUUGUGGGUCACAGCAGGGGUCCAGCUUCAGGUGCCAGCCUACCCCACGUGCAGGUGAGCCCCCAGAGGGUGGACAUCUAUGAGGGUGAGACUCUGAGGCUGUACUGCAGGGCUGGAGGCAGGCCCAGCCCCGGACUCACCUGGAAGAAACAGGAAGGACAACUCCCCCCGCAGGCCAGUAUGGAGCGCACAGACAUUGGCACCCUGCUAAUCCCUAACAUCAAGUCGUCUGACUCUGGCACCUACUUGUGUGUGGGCACCAACUCCAUCGGAUCCUCAGAGGCUCGCAUCGAGGUCACCGUCAAUAGAGCAAUAGGAGGAGACACCAUCUCGUCAGUCAUCACCAUCCAGCCCUCCAUAGCUGACGUCCAGGAGGGACAGAGCCUGGACCUCAACUGUUUUGUCCCUGGUCUGCAGACCCCCAUCAUCUCCAUUGAGCCCCACAGUGCAUCGUUGCGACAGGGAGAGUCAGCCAGCUUCAAGUGCAGAGUCUACGGUGGAGCAGAGCCCAUACGGCUGGAGUGGAAACUGUCCAACAACCAGCCCCUUCCUGACAAUGUGAAGGUUGGCCAUUACGGCAGUGUCAUCACCAUCGCUGACGCCCGCCCUAGCAACCAGGGCACCUACAACUGUGUGGCUACCAACCUGUUUGGAAUCACCCAGAGUAUCGUCUCUCUGAUCAUCAGAGAGUCUCCUGUAGCGACCGUCACCCCUCAGGGGCCCGUGCAAGUCAGGAUGGGUGAACCCAUUAACCUGGAGUGCCAGGCUUCCGGGGAGCCACGUCCAUCUGUCACAUGGCACAGACUGGACAGCGCCCGCAACACCAUGCUUAGCAGCCCUGUGCCCAUGGAGUCCAACGCCGUCAUGCAGGUCCUAGUGGCCCGUCCAGAGGACAGUGGUACCUACGUGUGCACAGCCCGCAACGACGAGGGCACCACAGAGACCAGGGUGGAGGUGAUCGUGGAGGGGGCUGGCCAGGUGCCCGUCACGCCCCGUGCCUCUGUGCCCGAUCCCCUCAUGGUGGUGGUGGAGGGACAGAGCACCACACUGAGAUGCGACGCUCGCGGCUUCCCUGUCCCUAAGAUCACGUGGUCUAAGCUGCGUGCCCCUCUUCCCUGGAGACAUAAGGUAGUGGACAACACGCUGAUCCUGCCCAGUGUUGGCCGGGCAGACUCUGGAGAGUACAUCUGCAACGCCACCAACAACAUGGGCACCACCGAAGUCACCAUCAUGCUGGACGUGGAGACACCUCCCUAUGCCACCUCCCUGCCCGACGACGUGGCAGUGCGUGUGGGCGAGGUGAUACGGCUGCAGUGCCUGGCCCAUGGUACUCCCCCCCUGCUCUUCCAGUGGACCAAGCUGAACGGCAGCCUGUCCACCAGGGCCGACGUCCAAGGAGGAGACCUCCAGAUUAACCUAGCCAUACCCGAGGACGCUGGCACCUACAAGUGUGUUGCCACCAACAAAGUGGGCACCAGCGAAGCACAUGCCAAAGUCACUGUCAGGUCCCCCCUGGCAGUGCGUGUGUCUCCUCAGGUGGAGGUAAAGGCCCGGGGUAGUGCUGUAGAGUUUACCUGCUCUGCUGCAGGAGGCCUGGGGACCACCAUGGAGUGGCUGAAGGAGGGAGGAGCCCUGCCCCCCAACCAUCACAUCAAAGAUGGGGUGCUGAGGAUUGAGAACCUGGAGCAGCGCAACGAGGGCAUCUACAUCUGCAGAGCCACCAGUGUUCACGGCCAGGCCCAGGACUCUGCCAAGCUCACCAUCCAAGCCCUGCCCAAGGUGAUGAUCAACGUGCGGACCGCGGUGCAAACAGUAAUGGUGGGUAACUCCGUGGAGUUUGAGUGCCAGGCAAUCGGCGACCCCCAGCCCACGGUGCGCUGGAGCAGGGUGGGAGGGCCCCUGCCGGCACACAUCAUGGUGAAGGGAGGCAUGCUGAAGAUCGAGCAGGUGUCCGAUGCUGACGCUGGACAGUACCGCUGUACUGCCACCAACAACGUGGGCUCUGUGCAGUCUCAGGUGGUCCUACAUGUCCAGUCCCUACCCCAGAUCGCAGCUCUACCAGAGCUGAAUGAAGUGACAGUAGGAUCAGAUGCUGUCCUGCCCUGUGUGGCAUCAGGUUACCCGGUGCCUGCCAUCAAAUGGUCCAAGCUGGAUGGGGAACUCCCUCCUAAGUGUAGACAGGUAGUCAACACCUUGACGGUUCCCGAAGUGACCCACGAGGAUUCUGGCACAUACGUGUGCACUGCCUCCAACAAGCAGGGCAAAGUGGAGGCCUUAACCACCCUCAAAGUCCAUGAUCGAGUGAUGCCCUAUUUCACCCAGGAGCCCCUGUCCUAUCUCACUCUGCCCACCAUCAAGAACGCCUACAAGUCCUUCAGCAUCAAGAUUAGCUUCAGGCCAGACAAUCCUGAUGGUAUGAUCAUCUACAAUGGACAGAAGAGGACCAUGGGAGCAGAUUUUAUCUCUCUGGGGCUGGUGGGAGGCAGGCCUGAGUUCAGGUUUGACGUGGGUUCUGGCAUGGCCACCAUCCGCUACCCCACCCCCAUCAAACUGGGAGAGUUCCAUACCAUAGAGCUCUACCGCAACCAAACCCAGGGCUCCAUCAUAGUGGACAGGGAGGCCCCCGUCAAUGGGAGCUCACAGGGAAAGUUCCAGGGGCUGGAUCUGAACGAGGAGUUGUAUGUGGGUGGUUACCCCAACUACACCCUCCUGGCCAAGACAGCUGGCCUCAAGACCGGCUUUGUCGGGUGCAUCCGUAAGCUGGUCAUCCAAGGUGAUGAGAUUAUCUUCAAGGAUCUGGAGCGCAGCUCCACAGGCGUGUCCAACUGUCCCGUCUGCACUGACCACCCCUGUCAGAAUGGAGGGAUGUGCCAAGACUCUAAGGCCAGUCUGUACAAGUGUAGCUGUCCCAGAGGAUACACGGGGAGUAACUGCCAGCACCACUCCUCCCUGCACUGCCACCCAGAGGCUUGUGGACCGGACGCCACCUGCAUCAACCGUCAGAACACCCUGGGCUAUGACUGUCGAUGCCACCUGGGCAAGUCUGGAAACAAGUGCAUGGACGGUGAAUUGGUAACUACUCCCCUGUUUGAUGGUUUGGAAUCGUACAUUGCGUACCCUCCUCUGACCAACAUCCACAAUGACCUGCGCAUCGAGAUGGAGUUCAAACCCAUGGAAAUGGACGGCCUGAUGUUCUUCAGCAUGGGCAAGAAGAUGAAGACGGAGGACUUUGUCUCCCUGGAGAUGGUAGACGGAUACGUGCAAUUCUGCUAUGAACUGGGAACUGGCCAAGCCGUACUGCGCAGUCCUGAGCCGGUCACCCUUGGCCAGUGGCACCGCGUGGAAGCCGGGCGCCUCGACAAGGAUGGCUCUCUGACGGUUGACGGUGGCCGGGAGGUCAGGAGGUCGUCGCCAGGCAAGGCCCAGGGCCUGAACAUCCACACCCCCAUGUACCUGGGAGGAGUCCCCAAUAUUGAGAUCGUACCCAAGGCCCUUAACAUCAGUGACAUGUUUAAUGGAUGCGUAGGAGAGGUGUCCAUCAAUGGUAAGAAGGUGGACCUGUCCUACAGCUUCACAGAGAGCAUGGCCAUCGUCCAGUGUAAGGACAACAGUCCCUGUGACCGCAACCCCUGUCUGAACGGGGCGAGAUGCAUGCACAGUGCUGAGUAUGAAUACCAGUGUCUCUGCAAGGAUGGCUUCGAGGGUGAGCGCUGUGAGGUGGUGAGGGAUACCUGCCAGAGCAGUGACCAGUGCCAGAAUGGAGGCAGCUGUGUGAAUGGCCACUGUGUGUGUCCCUUAGGCUUCAAUGGCCCCAUCUGUGGACAGAGCCAGGUCUCCAGCUUCGCCGAGGCCCUGUGGAAUUUGGAGGGUAGCGGGGGGAAUGAUGCCCCCAUUGAGUAUGCAGCUCAAUUCUAUGACAACGGUUACCUUGCUCUUCCCAAGACUAUCUUCCCCAGAAGUGGCCCUGACGCUCCAGAGACCAUCGAGAUGGAGCUCAAGGUCAACACCUCCUCCAAAGAGGGCCUGAUCCUGUGGCAGGGAGUGGAACUUGGAGAUCAAGGCAAGGGCAAGGACUUUAUAAGUCUUGGUCUGCAAAAUGGACACUUAGUUUUCAGCUACCAGCUGGGCAGUGGAGAGUCUCAGAUACAGUCCAGAGAGCCCAUCAAUGAUGGCAGAUGGCACAAGGUCACUGCUGUGAGAACUGGUAAACAGGGAUAUAUUCAGAUAGACGGAGCAGCCAUUCAACGAGGACAAUCACAAGGCAAAAGCAUCAUGGUGAACACCAAAGGCAACGUAUACCUGGGGGGAGCCCCAGAUAUAUCUGCGAUGACGGGAGGGAAGUUCUCCUCGGGGCUCACAGGCUGUGUGAGGAACCUGUCUCUGAUGAACGCCCGGCCGGGAGAUCAGCCAGCCAGACCCAUCGAGCUGCAGGCCGCCGCAGAGAAUGGCAUCAACGUUGGGCGUUGCUCCUCAUAGACCUAUAGCAGCCCCCACCCACACACACACACACACACCCAGAGACUAUGGAGACAAGAUACAAUCAGACUCACAGAGAGAUUUACCCACAUACAUACAUACAGUCAGUUUGAAAAAAAACAUGGUGCUUUGCUGCUACCCAAAACAAAGCUACACAACAAAAUUAUAUUUUGCUCUCUGUGCAUUGAACCAAAAAAAAGUGAACAAAUACUAACAAGUCUUCACUUCCUUAGUGUUGUAUUCUCAAUGAAGGACACAGGAGAUCCAGUACAGUUUUCAUACUCCCAGCAGUAGCUUUUAGUCAUGAGAAAGAGUAAAAUGCCAUAGGCCUUCUACAAGGGAUCAGAUCCUAUGGAGUUGGAGAUGUUUUUACAGCACUGAAUUUUUAUUUAUAUACAUAUAAAUAUAUAUUAUAUAUUUGUGGGGGCAACAUGCGAACUAACCAUAACUGCUCUUUGUCCUAGAGUUGAUUUUGGGUUCUAAUACUGUGUGUCCAGGGCUUUUUUAUAGGGCCUAGUUUUGUUAAUACUUGCAGACAUUAAAGCCUUCUUUCUUCACUUCUGUAGGGGAAAUUUAGCGGUGAGCAUGCUUACAGACUUGUUACACUAUUGGGAAAGGGGUCACGGAGGUCACGGCACAAAGCAGCAUCAAGACACAUCUCAGGGAAGACAGGAUUUAAAAACAGACAGUACUGGUGCUUUUCUAUUCUGCCAAAUCGUUUCUGAUCUGUUUCUGAAAUCACUUGCCUUCCCACACCUAGCAUGGUUGCCUUUUUUUGUGUCUGUAAAACCUUUUUUUUUUUUUUUUACUUGGUGCUAUUAAUUUAGACAUGGAAAUACAGCCCACUAGUGGUUAUUUGUCUGUCUCCUUAUAAUAAUGUAGUACAUCUGUUUCAUCAUUUCUACAUUUGAAAGAAUAUCAGUGGAAAACACAUGCUACACGUGCCUAUUUUCUUUCACCUCUCCUGAGGUUGGGGAGGUUGUGUUGUUCUCCAGAUAUGCAUGAGAUCUGAGGUUUAUUUUAGUAUUAGCUGAAAUCUUCAUCGUUUAAGUGUCUCCUCCAACGUCCUAUUUGAUUGAGUAGAUCUCAAAAGACAUCAAGGUGUUUUAAAGAAUGAAUGGCGAUUUGUAUUUUGACGUUUUUUUAUUAUGAGUGGUUCUGAGAAUUCUAAGACAUUUUGUCAUUUUACUUCUGCAGUCAGUCAUGUGGCAACUAUCUGCCAGUCAGGUAAAAUAUCAGUUUAGUCUGGGUGUGUGUGAGUGGCUACAUGUGUACUUAAAAGUUCAGUAUGUGUUGCCUCUCAACCCCCACCCUCUCUUUAAACCCCUAUAAGAUGUUUGUGUAUGAACUGUAUAUGUGUACUGAAAGCGUGUGUGAACUGUGUACUGUUACUGUAUGUGUGUGUACUAAAUGUGAGUCUCGCCAUCUAAAUCCUCAGGAGGGUCACCGCAGAACUGCCUCAAGAUGUUCCUCAGUCAGUUUCAGGUUCAGUAGCAACUAGCCUUAGUUACGGUCUUAUAGAACUAACAAGUCUGAUAUUGAACUCUUAACAGCUGCAUCAUUUUUUUAGCUGUUGUACCUAACACUGUAUGGAAGCACAUUCAUGCCAAAAUAAUUUUUAUUGGGGUAGACAUAUUGGAGGGAGACUAACAGACACACAGCAGUCAGAGUAGAUUACUUUAGGAGAAAGCAGUUGAAACCUCCCUGGUGGGGUGCUCGCUAGCUGUGACCUAUGUAGCUCCAAUGAGCAUGCUCGCCCACACUGGUUUACCUCAUGACAAAUAUGGCAUCAAAAUUCACAUCACGAGGUUCACAAACUUUUCACUUUUUGUAAUCUUAAGAUUAUGUUGAUUAAUAUUCUGAAAAUGAGCACCAUCAGUUAACUUAAAGUUGCUUCAUUUUUAUUUAUAUUUGUUUCUUUCUUUUAAAAUGUUUUAUCUUCAUUUCAGGCUUGAUUCUGCUGUUGUAGAGCAAUCAGAAAAGCUUGGCAUAAUUUUCUUGGGUUAUUGUGUAUUGCCUCCCCACAUCCCCCUGUUCCCUUCAUGUUUGGUUUUAAUACCUUUCCUCCAUGAGUGUCUUGCCCCACUGGCGUUCCCACCAUGACCCCUCAGUCCAUACAGUCUCAGUGGAGUGUCUGUGCAACAACUGUGGUAACCAACAGUAACAUCAGCCUGAGAAGGGGUUGUCAACUGGUUUGUUCUAGAGCUAAAUGGAUGUGUACUUUGUGUAUCUCUACAUCUACAGUUGAAGUCGGAAGUUUACAUACACUUAGGUUGGAGUCAUUAAAACUAGUUUUUCAACCACUCCGCAAAUUUCUUGUUAACUAA